AUGGCCCCCAAAAAUGAAAUCCAGUACCCAGCAAUUGUCCAACUGCUCUUCCAUUUCAAAUGGACCUUGGUUGGAGUCUUUGCUUCAGACACAGAGACUGGGGAACAUUUCAUGAGAACUUUUACCCCUUUGCUUAUCAGGAAUGGAAUUUGUGUUGUUAUAUCACAAAGAUUCUCAAUGUCUAGACCUACAGAACCCUUCAGGGAUGCCAUCUCUAAGUGGAGGCAAGUCAAUGUCUUUGUUUUCUUUACAGACUAUAGUACCAUGUUGGAUGGAAUUAGCCAGAUCCAUUUCAUACUUGAAGGCUUGUCAGGACCUAUUGAAGGGAAAGUCUGGAUCAUCACACUCUUUGGGAAAUUGCCAAUGAAAUAUCACAAAUCUUACAAAUAUGUCCAUAGUAUUUGGAACUUCUAUAUUCAGAAAAGAGCGUAUGACAAAACCUUUCAAGAAUAUAUCUUUGUGGAACCCCAGUUUGAAGAUCAGUCUUUUAACUGCUCUUUUUCAAGACAUGUCUUUUCUGUGAAAGGUCAGAGAAGAUGUACGCAGAAGCUUCAUCCAUUUCUGCAGAAGAAUGAGUUUUGCAAUCUUUCAGAGAUGAAAAUGUAUUUGGACAAAAAUGGAGAUCUGGUAGCAGAUGUGAACAUUGAGAACUUGUCUCUGCCUCAGUCCAAAUGUGCAGAAAAUUGCCAUCCUGGAUUUGUCAAGCAGGCUCAAGAAGGAGAACCAGUUUGCUGCUACAAAUGCAUUGCUUGUCCAGAGGGGACUAUCUCCACUCAGAAAGAUACUGAAAAAUGCACCAAAUGCCCUGAUGAUCAAUAUCCAAAUGAAGACAAAGUCCAAUGUAUCCCCAAAAGAAUAAGCUUCUUGUCCUUUGAGGAACAUCUAGGUAUCAUCCUGGUCUCCUUUGCCCUACUCUUGUUCCUAACCACAGGUCUUGUUUUAAUCACAUUCAUUAAAUACCUAGAAACUCCCAUUGUCAAAGCCAACAAUCGGGACCUCUCCUACAUCCUCUUGGUUUCCCUCCUGCUUUGCUUCUUGUCUUCUUUUCUCUUCAUUGGUCAGCCAAGGAAAGUCACUUGCCUUCUCCGACAAACAGUGUUCAGCAUUGUCUUCUCAGUAGCUGUAUCAUCUGUGUUAGCUAAAACAAUCACAGUUGUGCUGGCCUUUCUGGCCACAAAACCAGGCAACAGGCUGAGGAAAUGGUUGGGGAAGAGCUUAGCCAACUCCAUCAUCCUUUCUUGUUCUGGUAUCCAAAUUUUCAUCUGUGCCAUGUGGUUGGGAAUUUUUUCUCCAUUUCCCAAUUCUGACCUGCACUCCCAGCCAGGAGAGAUCAUCCUGCAAUGCAAUGAGGGUUCUGUCACCAUGUUUUAUGUUGUCCUCGGAUACAUGAGUUUCUUAGCUGCCAUUUGCUUCACUGUAGCUUUCCUGGCCAGGAACCUGCCUGGGGCCUUCAAUGAAGCCAAGCUGAUCACCUUCAGCAUGCUGAUUGAUUGA